UUCCUAGUAGUUUGUAACGCUGGUUUCGUAUCAGAUCGGCGGAACUAUCUGGAAAGUUAAUAAGGGGCUGUUUAAGGGACUAUGCAGCCUGGCUUCCUUUUUUUUUCUACGGCCGGGCAACUAUCCCCUCUGUAGCAUUGCUUUUGGGGCAUCUACGCCAGUAAGGGGCUACUCCAAUCUCCUUUAAGGUCCAAAAGGCUCUGGUUGGGGCUUUGAAAUCAGGACCGAACCUCCCAUUCUCAUGGAGACGAGCUCGGAUCUGGUGCGUAGAUCAACACUGCAUGAGGCCCAAAGGGGAAGGUGCAUGUCACGUGAUUUGGCCGAGCUAGGAAUCCGACAGCAGAUUUGGCAGUCACAACGCAGACUGGGAUAUACGCCGGGUCCCAAGUGCAUUUUUCGAAAACCUAAAACGGAGCACACAGUGCUCAGGGCUUGGUUUGCGGGGAAAUAUUACCCCACGUGGAAGACAAUACAUACAUCAGCUUUCCGAGGUUGGAAAAACUGCCCGAAAACCCCUCGGAAAAUGCUCGAAAAACUCUCGGAAAUGGCUACGAAUAAGUUAUGAGUAACUUAGGGAGCAAAGAUGGAAUUUGGGCCAUUCGAGAAGGAUAACAGGGC